UUACACCAGUACAUUUCUCUAUAUAUCUGAAGUCAUGUAUCAAUUAUUUUUUUCUCUUGCCAUCACCCCCUAAACCUUUCCCAUCUCUUUGUACUUUCUGAGCUAGAGAUCUUGUCAUCUCCACCAAAAGCAGCGUCUGUGCACCACCAUGUCGGCCAAGGACUGCGGCCACCAUGAUGACGAGGAACAGCUAGCCAAGCGCAUAACGGUAGCCAUUGUUGGGGUAUUCGUCGUUGUGGGCAUAAUUAUUUUCCUCGUAUGGGCCAUUCUCCACCCCGACAAGCCUCGCUUCAUCCUCCAAGAUGUCACCAUCUACGCUUUCAACCUCACAGCUCCGAACAUGCUCACUUCCAACAUGCAAAUCACAUUAUCUUCCCGAAACCCCAACGACAGGAUCGGCAUUUACUACCAAAAACUCGACAUCUUCGCAUCUUACCAUAACCAGCAGAUAACUUUACCCACACUGGUACCCAGAACAUACCAGGGGCAUCUCGACGUCACUGUUUGGUCCCCAUUUUUGUACGGAAAUGCAGUGCCAGUGGCUCCGUUUCUGGAGGAAGGGUUGAGCCAGGACAUGAAUACCGGCAUGGUGUUGCUGAACAUCAAGGUUUACGGGCAACUGAAAUGGAAGGUGGGGACUUGGAUUUCGGGUCGGUAUCAAAUCAACGCCAAUUGUCCGGCUUAUAUUUCCUUUACGGAUCGAACUAAGGCGAUCCAAGUUGGUUCGGCUAUGAAGUAUCAACUUGUGCAAACCUGCACUGUUGACGUUUCUCUUAACUAAGUUCAUAUUAUUUUUCCAUCCCCAAAAAAUACUUGUGUCUUUAUGACUUGGUUUUUUUAAAUAUAAUAAUUAUAUUAUAUAUUCAGUAGUUUUGCUAAGACGAAAUUUCUUGGAAAAUUUAUGAAGGAGAAGAUUUGUGUGCUUUUACUUUUC